AUUCCUUGUUCUUUGUCCUGUAUAAAUGUGUAUCUGUGUAUCAACGGCAAGUGAAGUACCUUACUUUGGAGAAUCUUAUCAAAACAUAUUUUAGCAUCUCUGCUUCCUGUAGGAGAUUCACCAGAUCAACUGACUGACAUAAAGAGGAAAAAGGUAACUUCUGAUUUGUGAAGGUCUUCCUUAACGUUUAUACAUUUAUGGAUUUCAGGAUGGCCGUCCAUGUGCUCUUGUUUCUAACCCUUUCUACUGGGCUGUGUGUCGCUGACUCGAAAGGGAAUCUUGCUCUUAAUGCCAAAGUGGUGCAGUCCUCCUUAGGACACCCACAGGGAGCUGCUGAACAUGCAGUAGAUGGAAACAGCAACUCCAAUUACGGAAAGGGCUCAUGUACUCACACUAAAGGGGAGUUUAACCCAUGGUGGAGAGCUGACCUUGGAAACGUCUACAGCAUAAGCAAUGUUUCCAUCACUAAUCGUGCAGACUGUUGCAAAGAGCGAAUCAGAGGAGCUCAGGUUCGCAUUGGUAACAGUCUGGAGAACAACGGAAACAAUAACCAGCUAGUUGCAACGGUUCUCACUGUUCCUGAUGGCACUGUAGAGUUUGCGUUUGAGCCUGUUAACGGCCAGUAUGUCAACAUAUUUCUACCUGGGAAUAAUGAAAUUCUUACACUGUGCGAAGUUGAGGUGUUUGCAGAAGAGGACAAACCAUUGUACAUCUGUGUUCCAAGGAAUCUUGCUCUUGGAGGCGAAGCUGUUCAGUCCUCCACAUACAGUGACUUAGCGGCUGCUCAUAAUGCUGUUGAUGGUAACCGGGAGUCAUUGUACAUGCUCGGGUCAUGCAGCCAUACUAACGGGGACAAGGACCCCUGGUGGAGAGUUGACCUGCUGGACGUCUACAGGGUAACCAGGGUUAGCAUCACUAAUCGUGGAGACUGCUGUGAAAAGAGGAUCGAGGGUGUUCAGAUCCGUAUCGGAAACAGCCUGGAGAAUAACGGCAACAAUAAUGAGCUGGUUGCGACUGUUGGGCCCAUCCCACUUGGAAACACAAAAACAUUUGAGUUUAGUCCUGUUAGCGGGAGAUACGUCAACCUUAUUGUGCCUGGACGCAAUGAAUACCUCACUCUGUGUGAAGUUGAGGUUUAUUCAGAUUAAGUGGAACAAGAUGUCACACCAUGGAUUCUGUAAUCAAAAUGAAUAAAACUUGUUUUCCAAAUGA